CUCUCCAUACUCAAUUCAAGUGAAGAAGCCAUUAUCUAAAAAAGCCUCAACCGACAUGAGCUCCUCGACCUUCGGCGACCUGCGCCUCCUGCCCGUGGACUACCACCGCCAGGUGGCCAGGGAGGUGGCCGCCUUCUUCCACUCCUUCUACCGCUUCGGCGCCGCCUCCAACCGCUUCGAUCUGGGGGAUGCAGCCUAUCUGGACUUCCUGCACAACGUUCUCUUUGGCUCCAUGUGCAUCGGAGCCGUCGUUUUCCUCGUGCUCUGCGUGAUCGUCGUGCGCCGCACCAUCCUACACAUCCGCAGCGCGUUUGUUCGACGUACAUCGAUGGAUUCUACGUCCGUGGAGCUACUGGCCGUCGGAUUACUGACAUUCCUGGCGAUUAGUGCGCUUGGAGGACUACUGGGAGAAGCACAGGUGGACUACAGCGCCGGCGUCGUGCUGGAUACCAUGACCAACACAAGUGACCUGUUCCAGGAGACCAGAGAACUCACGACGCAAAGUCUGCAGACCAGCAACGCCUUGCGUGUCAACGCUGACAACUUGAUCACAUCAUUCAACGACAGUGAACUGCCAGCUGAAGCCUUCAAGAUGUCCGUGGAGGCGUUGAGACUCGUGCACGCGUCGAAGGAGCUACUGAACCAGACAGACGCGUUGCUGCCCAAAAACUACUCCGAUAUUGCCAAGGAGUGGGAAUUCAGCUAUUUCAUGCUCAAAUCGUCGACCAACGGAGCCAUUCUCGCUGUAGCGCUGGCCAGUUUCUUGUCCAUCGCUUCUGUUGGCUGGGCCAUGGUCUCGCCGCUACGUGUGUCGAUUCUCGUGAUCUUGAGCGUUGUACCCAUUUCACACACGCUGAUCGGCGCCUACCUGUCGUCCACGAUCAUGACUGCGGAUUUCUGUGCCGCUCCGAUGAAUAAUACACUCGAACUGGUGGGCACAACGUCUGUGGCGAACUACUACGUCGAGUGUCCAGCCAACGCUUCGCUGCCGUUCGCUGACGUUAUGGCUAGUGUCCAGCAGACCACAUCUGAAGUGGCUAAACUGCAGCAAGAAAUGGAGCGCCAUGCAGCUCACGAGGGAGAAACUGGUCAGCGUAUGAAGAGAGAAUUCCUCGAUCCCAUCGGCAAGCAGCUUGACAGCGUAGAUACCCUGAUGGCCGAGUUUGCAGCCUCGCAAACCUGCAAGAACGUAUCGAGAGCGUUCGAAUACGCGGCUACCACAUACUGCGAGUACGGAAUGCUCGGCUUUUUCUCCAUGUGGGUGCACCAGAUCUUACUGUGCCUCAUUCUGUUUGUAUCCGUCGUGGUGUCCGUACUGGUCUACGAGCGCGUGCACAUCCGCGAGAUCCGCCAGGACGUGCGCUACCAGCUUCUUUCCAGCUACGAAGAGGACGAUAUGGAGCACGUGUACCUGUCUUCGGACUAGUGAGCGAUGGAUCUGUCUGCAUCUGCCUGCAUGUAUCUGCGUUUCAUAUGUAUUAACCAACUUAGCAUUCCUCGCUUUAUUAAGGCUGUUGGUUGUUCUUGGUUGGACUUGGGGCC